ACAUAAUAUAUUAUAAACUUAACAUAAUUAUUCAAACUGAACCGAAGAUGGAGUAUUGCUCCUUCUACGAACUAAACGUAGCAUUCUUGUGACAUGAAUGAAAAAAAAAUAAACAGCUGCAUGCCAUGCCUCCCGUCCUUGUGUUCGGAUUUUGAAUUGUGUCAUUAAUUAUAUGCUAUCUCUUUCAGUCCUGUUGAAUUUUCAAUCGGCUAUUUCGGGCAGCAUGCUUCGUAUAUUGACUGUUUAAUCUGCAACGCAACCUCAGUUCAAGUAAAUCAUAUUUUUAUUCCUUGUUGAUUGUCCCUUGUGAAAAUAAAAUUGACCGUUUUCUAUCGAACAUAUACUCGUUUACAAAGUUCACAAAACAAAUACAGGCAUUUGUGAACAAAUGACUUUUGGACGAAUCGCCAAUUUGAAUUGGAAUACUUGCAUUGGAAGUAAUGGGAGUAACAUAUUUCGUACCAUGACAGAGAAUAGAAAAAGGUCCCGGGAGGACGAUUCUUGUGAAUUUAUGCCAUUAUCUAAGAGAAUUAAUAAUUUGCACAUCAAUAACAACCUUAACACGACUGGUUCGCAAACGCAAGAUUCUAGUCACAGUCAAAUUAAUGGAAUAAAUACAGAAAACGGAAUCUCAUCGCCAAGUUCUUCGUCAGGAUCAGAACGCAGACCUAGCUAUGACCCUGGAAUGAAUUCCUCGCAGAGUAGUUAUUAUUAUGACAAUAAGUUGUUAUUUGAACUUCAUUUAGAGAGAAUGCAGCGUUGUGGACAACAAUUUCCAUUUUAAUAUUAAUUUUAGUGCUACAUGGUUAAGUUGUGUGUUUAUUCAUAAUUUGUUACGCCUAAUAUUAAUUAGUAUAUUUAAAUUGUACCUUUUUUAAUUAAAAUUGUUGAAGCAUG